AUGGUACCACCACCUCCAUUUAGGCCAUAUGGUGGAGAUGAUUAUCGAAUAGUGAGUGAUCUAUCUCGAUUCGAAUACAACAAUGGCAAUAAAUUACCUCGAUUACGACGUUCACGUAAUACAACACCAACAAACUCAGACUUCACCGAGAUUGAAUCAUCGACAUCAUCUACAGCUAAAUUGACCAUUGAUGGAUUUUUACCGUUUUAUGCAUCACAAGUAGAUAAUGACUAUAACAAUAACGAACUGGGAUCCUACUAUGGGUCAUUGCAACUGAAGGACUUUUCAGUGCAGGGUGAAGAACUGUUUCUGCACCCAUUGCCAAUACGACGAGAACAACAAGUUUCAAUUGGGGUGCAAGUACCACAGGAUAAUGCGUUUUUACGACCGCCCCCACAAGUGCCACCAAAAGAUAUUCCGACGAGAACUCAAUCUCAACGUGAAUUCCUUCCAUAUCCUCCAUCAAUUUUCGAAAGCAAUGAUACACCUCCAUAUGACAACAACGCACUACCACCACUACCCCAACCUCAACCUCAACUUCAACCGCGGGGGGAGAAAAUGUAUGCCAAAGUUACCCAAUUUGAUAAUGGAGAUAAUGAUAGUUUAAUGUCACGACAAAAGAAUUUGGAACAUGAUUUAAUCAAACUGGUGAUGAAUCAACCGUUAAUUUCAUUCAAGACGGGUAAAUUGGGAGAUCGAUAUUAUGGACGCAAAAUCACCAUUACAGUCAACUUGAUAUUAUACUUGUUUGAAAUUUGUUGCAGCAUAAUUGAAAUAGUUCUUUCAUCGGUUCUACUUCAACAAGAUUCAUCCAUAACUGUUGGUGUUUAUCGUUACUUUAUAGCUGAUGGAGUAAUCACAAUUAUAGUAGCACUACUAUUCACAAUGCAGAUUGUCACUUAUGAGAAAAGAAAUGGCAGUUUUUACUGUACUGCAGCAGUAGUGUUUAAAUUAAUUUCAUUCAUCAUGAUUAUUGCUUACAUUUUCCCCUACAAUCACAAGCAAACACAACGAGUUUGGCUGAUUAGAAGAGCAUUGGGGGCAUUUAUCAUCAUUUCCACGUUUGUUUGGAUUUGCAACUUGGUUAUGUUUUUAACCACGCUUUAUAUAUCAAGGUUGAAUUUACUUGAAGAUUUGAAUUUUGAUUUUGAUCAACGUGGACUCAAUGACGAAUUUAAUGUGAAAGCAGGUGAUUAUAGAAGAGGUGACAAUGAUGGUGAUAAAGAUCGGUUGAAGGCGUUUUAUCUUAAUGAGAAUGGAGAAAUGUAUGCAUUACAUGACAAUGAAGAAAGGGAAAAGUACAGCAAGAAUAACAAGAUAUUAGUGUAUACAUUCUAA